AUGUGUUGCCCGCGUGUUCGCUUGUCUGCGUGCUUGGCUGCUACCGCUCUGCUGCUGCUGCGCCGCACGCCCGCGACCACCCGCGCUGCUUGCUGCUCGCUACUCACCGCUUCGCCACGCCGGCGCUGCCCGCGCCCGCGUUCACCGGUGCCACUCGCCACUGCGCUGCUAGCGCCCGCUGCUGUCCGUCGUGCUCUUCUACGAGUCGCGCGCUGCGCCUCACCGCUGCUCGGCCCCCGCCUGUGCUACCGCUGUGCCUCGCUCGCCCGUGGCCCUGCUGCCCCCGCGCCCCCGCGCCCCCGCGCCCCCGUAGGCCUGCUGCUACUCGUCCGCGCGCAGCGCCCCCCUGCCACUGUGCCGCCCAUGCCGUCUCCCCUGGCGCUGCUGCCGCCAGCCACCUUCCCUCCGGCCCGCCGCCCUGUUCCGGCCGGUGUGCCUGCGCGACCCUGGUUGCCGGCGCCCGUGCCCGGCUUCCCCCACCCGUCGCUCAGGCGGGCAGCGCUCGCACACCCGGGGCUCCGCCCUGUUCAGCCGCGCGCCCGCUAUGGCCCUAGGCCACUGCCUAAUGGGGCCCCCACGCCCCUGUCCAAUUUUUUUAGAAUAUAUAAUUAUAAAUAUUAA